AUGAGGCCAGAGAACCGGAGCAGUGUGUCCCAGUUCCUCCUCCUGGGACUCCCCAUCCGGCCAGAGCAGCAAGGCCUGUUCUUUGCCCUGUUCCUGGGCAUGUACCUGACCACAGUGCUCGGGAACCUGCUCAUCCUCCUGCUCAUCCGGCUGGACUCCCGCCUGCACACCCCCAUGUACUUCUUCCUCAGCCACUUGGCCUUCUCUGACAUUUCCCUUUCAUCUGUCACGGUUCCCAAAUUGCUGAUAAAUAUGCAGGCUCAACAACAAUCCAUCCCCUAUAUGGGGUGCAUCACUCAACUGUAUUUUUUCAUAUUUUUUGGUGGUCUUGACAAUUUCCUUCUUGCAGUGAUGGCAUAUGACAGAUAUGUGGCCAUUUGCCACCCCCUGCACUACAUCACUGCCAUGCGGGAGGAGUUGUGUAUCUCAUUAGUAUGUGGGUCCUGGUUUUUCAGUUGUGCCCAUGCCCUGUUGCACACCCUCCUCUUGGUCCAACUCAUGAGGAGGGAGAACCAGAGCAGCGUGUCCGAGUUCCUCCUCCUGGGGCUCCCCAUUCUGCCAGAGCAUCAGCGCCUGUUCUUUGCCCUGUUCCUGGGCAUGUACUUGACCACGGUGCUGGGGAACCUGCUCAUCAUCCUGCUCAUCCGGCUGGACUCCCGCCUGCACACCCCCAUGUACUUCUUCCUCAGUCACUUGGCCUUCACCGAUGUCUCCUUUUCUUCUGUCACUGUCCCAAAGAUGCUGGUGAACAUGCAGUCUCAGCAACUAUCCAUUUCUUAUCCAGCAUGUAUUUCACAGAUGUAUUUUUAUAUACUUUUUGGCUGUGUUGAUAACCUCCUGCUUGCAGUGAUGGCAUAUGACAGAUAUGUGGCCAUCUGUCACCCUCUACACUAUAGCAUCAUCAUGAAGGAGGGGCUGUGUGUUCUGCUGGUGUCUGGCUCCUGGAUUAUCUCCUGUGGCAGUGCCCUCUUGCACACUCUCCUCCUAGCCAAGCUGUCCUUUUGUGCUGACAAUGUCAUUCCCCAUUUUUUCUGUAGUCUCCCCAUCCUACUCAAGUUGUCCUGCUCAAAUACCUCUCUCAAUGAGAUGGUCAUAUUCACUGCAGGUGCUGCAGUUACCGUCUUUCCAUUAAGUGGCAUCCUUGUCUCUUAUGGCUGCAUUGGAGCUUGUAUCUUGAGGGCCCCCUCUACCAAAGGUAUCUGCAAAGCCUUGUCUACCUGUGGCUCCCACCUCUCUGUGGUGUCUCUAUUCUAUGGAACAAUUAUGGUGCUGUACUUUUCCCCUUCUUCAAGUAACUCCAAUGACAAAAACAUGAUUGCCUCACUGAUGUAUACAGUAGUCACUCCCAUGCUAAACCCCUUUAUUUACAGUCUAAGGAACAAAGACAUAAAGUUUGCUCUGGGGAUCCUUUUCAAAAACGAUCUUUUCUUCAAGUGA